UAACGCUGAUUUAAGUAUUCAUUGUUAAUGAUGCAUUUCUAUUUAUGGGAAUUUAAUGUUCAAAUAUCUAUUAAACGCAGAAGGUGUGUUAAAAUUGUAAAUAUUUCGAAGAGAAAAUUUUGUUCUAUUUGGAUAUAAGCUACGGACGAAAUUGGAUAUAAAAAAAUAUUUGUUCAAACUUCGAAUAUUUUAAAAGUGUACAAUGAUGUCUGGGCAGAUAUCCCUGGAGAAUUUGGAUUUUAUCAGAUUUAUAAUCCUUCUAAUUAAAGAAGGUACUGGUGUUAUCCGAAUUAUUGUAGUAAACGGACUGCAAGAAAGAAAUGUGGAUCUUUCCGAAUUCCUAAGCAGAAAUGAAGAAGAAAUAAGGAGAUCAAAAGGAAUUAACCAGGAGCAAAAACAAAUCUUGUAUCCAUCUUCCGGCCAGACAGCUGAUAUUUCAAACUGGGAUACUUCCUUACUGGCAUUUUUAGCGCGUAAAUAUUUCACCACAUCGGGUUCGGAAGAUCACAGAGCUGUAGAAAAAAUCAGGGCUUGGAGGAACAAAUACUUUCAUUCCGGAACCACCACAGUAGAUGACGGAGAUUUUGAAGAUCUAAGCAAUGUUAUAAGGACUAUCAGCCAUAAGUAUUCUCCAAGUGAGCCACCAAGAAUAGACGAGGUAAUAAAUGGUAUCAAAGAAUUAGAACUUCAUCCAGCUUUAGAACAGCUGAAGACCCUAGACCUUAAAUCGAGUGAACGUAUAGAGGGGAUGUUUGGAGUGAUAAAUGGGCACCUUGUGACGCUACAGCGGGACAUGCAACAGACUUAUCAAGAGGUGCGUAACUUGCGAGAAGAAAUUAGAAGAGUGGCUGAACGUGAUGAUAACGAAGCCAUACUGUCUGUUUACAGUAACUUCUAUAUCCUCUUGUCACAGGCGUUGUGCUGUCGAUAUAUGUCAUUAUACCGGAACCAAGGAGGAAGCACUGUCGAGUCAAACAAUACACUAGGAAUAGAAGGGCAGCCUGAGAGCACUGUCGAACCAUUUGGUGGAUUGCAUGAGACUUUGCUAAUUCUAAAUAUACACUCGGAGUGGCAGGGUGGCAUGACCUCGGUAGAGUUCUUUCACCUUAGACUGGUGAAAGUAAAUGGAAACUUUGUCAGCAGGUUUAAUUCAUGUCACAUAAUUUCAACUUUACUUGCUGUGUUUGUUGACGACCCUUCAGCUGUGUAA